AUGGCUUUCGGAAGCGACAAAGACAAAGAGACAAGCGGCGGCGUGCUAGAGACCACAGGGCUCAAGUCCGAAGGUCCUCGGGAUGUCCAGGAAGGUGUAAUGGCUUCAAAUGCCGACAACCUCCAGCGUCAUCUUGGAAACCGUCAAAUCCAGCUUAUCGCAAUUGGUGGUUCCAUCGGAACUGCUCUUUUCGUGAGCAUUGGUACUGGUCUCUAUCAUGGUGGACCCGGUAGCCUGUUCCUUGCCUUUACGAUUCAGAGUAUCUUCUUGGCCAUGGUUAACAACUGUCUUGCUGAGAUGACCACUGCUUUCCCUGUUAGCGGUGGUUUUAUCCGAUUGGCUGGAAAAUGGGUAGACGAUGCUCUUGGUUUUAUGGUCGGCUGGAACUUUUUUUUCUAUGAGGCACUUUUGAUUCCAUUCGAAAUUUCAGCCUUCACACUGGUACUGUCGUUCUGGGGUGAUGUUGUCACCGAGCCCGGCCCAGUUGCUGGUAUCUGUGCUGGAGUUAUUAUUUGCUAUGGGUGUCUUAACAUCCUUGCUGUCAAGGCAUAUGGUGAAGCCGAAUUCUGGCUAUCAGGCGGCAAGGUCAUCCUGAUCUUCUCUCUAUUCUUUUUCACAUUCAUCACGAUGGUUGGUGGAAACCCACAGCAUGAUGCAUACGGCUUCCGUCACUGGAACAACCCAGGUUCAUUUAUGGAAUACCUGGACACCGGUGCUCUCGGCCGCUUUGAGGGUUUCCUGGGAUCUUUGUGGUCAGCAUGCUUCGCUGUCGUGGGUCCCGAGUACAUCUCAAUGGUCGCCGCUGAAGCCAAACGUCCUCGCAUUUACAUCAAAAACGCUUUCAAGACUGUCUACAUCCGAUUCGGUCUUUUCUUCAUCGGUGGUGCCUUGGCUGUCGGUAUUAUCUGUGCUGCCAAUGAUCCUGCCCUGGUUUCAGUUGUGACAGGUGGUUCUUCCGGUUCAGCUGCUGCAUCCCCCUAUGUAAUUGGCAUGCGCAACAUGGGCAUUAAGAUUUUCCCUUCCAUUGUCAACGCACUCUUACUCACAUCCAUCUUCUCCGCUGGUAACACAUACACGUACUGCGCAAUCCGUACCCUCUACGGUCUUGCCCUAGAUGGAAGAGCCCCCAGAAUCCUGACCCACACCACUCGCAAUGGUGUCCCAAUCUACUGCUUCUGCAUCGUGAUGAUUUUCCCAAUGCUCUCCUUCCUGCAGUGUUCCAGCAGCUCCUCCAUCGUCAUCACCUGGUUCGCCAGCCUGGUCACAGCCGGCGGACUGAUCAACUACAUCACCAUCACAUUAACCUACAUCUUCUUCCACCGCGCCUGCAAAGCCCAAGGCCUAGACCGCAAAUCUUUCUCCUACUAUGCGUGGUUCCAGCCUUACACCGCAUACAUCGCUUUCGUCUGGAUGAUCGUCGUUACUUGCGUCUACGGGUAUCCAGCUUACAAGCCCUGGUCUGUCUCGACCUUCUGGUCGGACUACACCAUGCAGAUUGUUAUUCCUCCUCUCUUCCUCAUCUGGAAGCUUGUCAAGAAGACGAAGUUCGUUAAGGCUCAUGAAGCUGACCUUGUCUGGGAACGACCCCUUAUCGAUGCGUACGAGGACAGUUUCCUUGACCCACCCACUGGAUUCUGGAGGGAGGUUCUUCAGAUGGUUGGCAUUGGGCGUGUGAAGGGUGGCAAUGACAAGAGGAGUAUGUCUGUUGCUAAUCCUUCUCAUUCGAAAUCUUAUCCUCAUGGGAAUGAAGAGGGAUCUAGUGCCUGA